UUUCAGUUCUUGAACUUGUGGACGAAGCAGGACUCUCAUGACCUGGAGAAUCCCUCCCUCACAUCCACGCCAGUGUGCAGUCAGAAGGUCAUAGUGACCACACCGCUGCAGCGAGACAAGACCCCCCUCACCCAGAAGGAGAACUCAGUAUUUGUUACACCUAACCACAAAUCGGAGCUGAGCACAACCCCACGGACGCCGACGCCGUUCAAAAAUGCCAUGGAAAAGUACGGCCCCCUGCAGCCUCUGCCUCAGACUCCGAACCUCGAAGACGACAUCAACGAGGUCAUCCUGAGAGAAGCAGGCAUUAACAUGGUUGUCGUCCAGGCAACGCCACCUGAUCCCCGUCGCAAAACAAUGCACCGCCCUCCUAUGAAGAAAGUUCGGAAGUCCCUGGCUCUAGAUGUAAUGGACUGCCAGGUGGUGCCAACAUCCAAGCGCAAAUCCAGCAAAGCGGAGGCCAAACGCAGCAUCAAGGAAGAACCGGUGACGGUUUGUCUCAACUCCUCAUCGUUUUGCAUCAAGAGGCAUGAAAACAUAUUAGACCAGGGCUUCCUGUUGGGACCGAGCGACACAACCAUAUUUCCCAGUGCAGCACCUCCUGCACCUAUGUCAAAAGAAUGGAAGAAGGUGGUUUGUGGGCAAACUAAAGACCAGCUCAUAAUGACGGAGAAGGCGAGACGCUACCUCCGCUCUCUGAAGAGCCAUCCACCCAGCCGGGCUCUGAUUCUGUCCUGAGAUCCUUCUGCCUCCCUGGAAAACAAAGAAACGACAAACAAGACACCGACAGUUAAAAUGACUCAUGUUGCAGUGGUGCUUUACUUCCCAUUAUUGUUGAUCAUACUUGUUAGAAAAGAACAGUGAUUGUAAGAGUAACGAAUCAGUGAACAGUAAGGGUUUUACAUGGCAUAAUGUAUCUGAAAUGUAGCCAUUUUUUGUAACAUUGUGAACUACAAACACUCAGGUAGAGUUUCCAUAUCUAGUCAUCAUAUGGAGAAGAUCUAGAUGUCAAUGGUAGGCUGAGGGAUCAUGUGGUUUUUAGGUUUCCCCACCGCAAGGGGAGGAACCAACAUGUUGCAAAGUUACAUGAAUAACCCGUAAAUAAAGUUGGCCCACUACCUUGUUUUAUUAAGAAAAAAAUGGUUCAGCCUGUUAAAUUUUAUGCAAGAGUCAUAAAGUAGAGAACUUCACUUAGCACUGUUUAAAAGGUUGAUGGGUUGUAAGGCACUCUUUGUAAAUAUAUUUAGGCUAAUAUGUUUUACUCUUGUGACCGUUUCACAAGUUGAAUAAAAACAAAUGUAUGUUCUGCA